UAUAAAAGAAACCAAAUUUUGGUAGGGUAGUGUCAAUUGUCCCCCAGUCAUGCCUAGUAGUAGUAGUACUAGGAACCCUCUUCUUGUUGGGCGUGUGAUUGGAGGUGUAUUGGACCCUUUUGAAAGUUCUAUUCCUACGAGAGUCACCUACAACAAUAGAGAUGUGAGUAAUGGCUGUGAAUUCAAACCUUCCGAAGUUGUCAACCAACCAAGAGUAAGUAUUGGUGGUGAUGACCUCAGAAACUUCUAUACUCUGAUUGCGGUGGACCCAGAUGCACCUAGUCCAAGUGACCCCAAUUUGAGGGAAUACCUUCAUUGGUUGGUAACUGAUAUUCCAGCAACUACUGGGCCUACUUUCGGUCAUGAGGCUGUAACUUACGAAAAUCCACGACCCUUGAUGGGGAUUCAUCGUAUUAUCUUUGUGUUAUUUCGUCAACUGGGUAGGCAAACAGUAUAUGCUCCAGGAUGGCGCCAGAAUUUCAAUACUAGAGAAUUUGCUGAACUUUACAAUCUUGGAUUGCCAGUUGCUGCUGUCUAUUAUAACAUUCAGAGGGAGGGUGGCUCUGGUGGAAGAAGGUUAUAUUGAAAAGCUUAAUUUAGCUAAGAAAAUUAGAUAAUUGAAGAAAUAAACCAAGUCCGAAGCUUCCAUAAGGGUUUUGGAUUCAAAAUCAACAUAUACCAAAUCAAUAUGUUCAAAAGAUAUAUUAAUUGUUGCUUUGUAACUGAGUUUUGAACAUAUUUGGUUCAUAAUAUGUAUUAAUUAUCAAUUGAGAAAAGUUAAAGAUAUAUGUAAAAGUCGAAC